CGCCACCGAUGACUUCAACCACGGCGUGGUCCUCAGCAACCGCCCAUUGCGGAACGGCGAGGUCUUCCAGGUGCGGAUUGACAAGAUGGUGGACAAGUGGGCUGGCUCCAUCGAGAUUGGCGUCACCACCCACAACCCCACCUACCUGCAGCUGCCAUCCACGAUGACCAACCUGCGGUCAGGCACCUGGAUGAUGACCGGGAACGGAGUGAUGCACAAUGGCACAACUAUCCUGGACGAAUAUGGCCACAACCUGGAUCGCUUGAAGGCAGGUGACACGGUGGGCGUCGUGCGGAAGGAGGACGGGACGCUGCAUUUCUUCGUCAACGGGGUGGCCCAAGGCCCAGCCGCCUGGAAUGUCCCACCGAAUAUCUAUGCCGUGGCCGAUCUCUAUGGCCAAGCUGCUCAAGCCACGAUCGUGGAUGACACAGGUAGUGGACACAGGCCUACAUGGGACAGGAAAGGGGUCGAGACAGAGACAAGGAAUAUGGCUUAUUUUGAGGACAGGAAAGUUAAGAGUUGGUUUACAAGCCAGGAAGGAGAAAUUUCCCGACAGUGAGAACAGUUAACCUGUAGAACAGCUUGCCACCAGAAGUUGUGGGUGCUCCAUCAAUGGAGGUUUUUAAGAAGAGACUGGACAGCCGUUUCUCUGGUCUUCCUGCUCAAGCUGGGGGGAGGGGUAGGACUAGAU